AUGUCUGCCGAUCUUAAAACCAAAAUUGGCCACGGGCUGGCCAAAGGCUUAAGGAUCAAGCUUCCCUAUCGCGACCCCCUUGGUGCCAAUGCUGACCCGGUAACCCGGGGCGAGUCCACGUUCUCCGUUGGCACCGUGGAAACCUAUUCCUACGUCGAACCGGAGCCGACCUCGGCUGAAUGGCUCAAAGAGCUCUGCCCAACUUGGCAGGAUAUUGGCCACUACUUCUACAGACUUUUCCCUUUCUUGACUUGGAUCACGAGGUACAAUAUGCAAUGGUUUUUGGGAGACCUUGUUGCUGGUGUGACUGUUGGAGCCGUGGUCGUUCCCCAGGGUAUGGCGUACGCGAAACUUGCUGCCUUGCCUGUUGAAUUCGGUCUCUAUUCCUCAUUUAUGGGUGUCUUGAUCUACUGGUUCUUUGCUACUUCCAAGGAUAUUACCAUUGGGCCCGUUGCGGUUAUGUCUACGCUGGUUGGAACUAUCGUCCUCAAAGCUCAGAAAGAGAUCCCGGAUGUGCACGCUUAUACCAUCGCAUCCGCCAUGGCUAUCAUCUGUGGUGGGAUCGUCUGCCUCAUGGGUCUCCUCCGUCUCGGUUUCAUUGUCGACUUUAUCCCACUUCCUGCAAUUUCUGCCUUCAUGACUGGAUCAGCCCUCAAUAUCUGCUCCGGUCAGGUCAAAGACCUACUAGGCGAGACUGCCAACUUCAAUACCCGAGAUGCAACCUACAAUAUCAUCAUCAACACCCUCAAGAACCUUCCCAGUGCCGGACUGGAUGCGGCGAUGGGUCUCACUGCCUUGGCCAUGCUUUAUAUCAUCCGCUCUGCCUGUAGCUUUGGCGCAAAGCGCUAUCCUCAGCGCGCCAAGACCUUCUUCUUCCUGUCUACGCUGCGCACUGUCUUCGUGAUCCUAUUCUACACGAUGAUCAGCGCCGCGGUGAACAUUCACCGCAAGAAGGCUGCAUUUAAUCUUCUGGGAAAAGUUCCCCGAGGCUUUCAGCAUGCCGCUGUCCCCGUCCUCAAUGCCAGAAUCAUUAAAACGUUUAUCGGUGAACUUCCCGCCGCGGUCAUCGUCCUUUUGAUUGAGCACAUUGCCAUCUCCAAGUCGUUCGGCCGUGUCAACAACUAUACCAUAGACCCCUCUCAGGAGCUGGUUGCGAUUGGUGUUACAAACCUGCUCGGCCCGUUCUUAGGAGCCUACCCCGCCACUGGAUCCUUUUCCCGAACAGCCAUCAAGUCCAAGGCGGGAGUGCGAACUCCCUUGGCCGGCUGCAUUACCGCAGUUGUCGUGCUGCUUGCCAUCUACGCCUUGCCGGCUAUGUUCUACUACAUCCCCAAGGCAUCCCUCGCGGGUGUCAUCAUCCACGCGGUGGGCGAUCUCAUUACCCCUCCAAACACCGUGUACCAGUUUUGGCGCGUCUCUCCCUUGGAUGCGAUCAUCUUCUUUAUCGGUGUGUUUGUCACCGUGUUCACCUCAAUCGAGAUUGGAAUCUACUGCACUGUCGCUGUUUCCGCAGCCGUUCUGCUGUUCCGCGUUGCGAAAGCUCGCGGCCAGUUUCUGGGAAGGGUCACUAUUCACUCGGUCAUCGGUGACCAUCUUGUGCAAGGUGAUGGCAAGUAUGGACCGGGCAACGGAUAUACUCCCGCCGAUGGCAAGGGCAACUUGCAACGCUCUAUCUUCCUCCCUAUCGACCACGCCGAUGGAACUAACCCUGAGGUCGAAGUGCAGCAGCCGUAUCCCGGCAUCUUUAUCUACAGAUUCUCCGAGGGAUUCAACUACCCCAACUGCAACCACUACACCGACUACCUUGUCCAGACAAUCUUCCGGCAGACCCGUCGUACGAAUCCCUUCUCCUACACCAAGCUUGGCGAUCGGCCAUGGAACAACCCUGGUCCUCGCCGUGGAAAGGAAGAAGAAGACCGGUCGCAUCUGCCGACCCUCCGCGCUGUCAUUCUUGAUUUCUCGUCCGUCAACAACGUGGAUGUGACCUCCGUACAGAAUCUGAUCGAUGUGCGCAACCAAUUGGAUCUCUAUGCCGCUCCACAGACCGUGCAAUGGCAUUUCGCCCACAUCAACAACCGCUGGACCAAGCGAGCCCUGGCCGCCGCCGGUUUCGGCUACCCGACUCCAGCCUCCGAAGAUGGAUUUCACAGAUGGAAGCCUAUCUUUAGCGUUGCCGAAAUCGAGGGCAGGUCCUCCGCCGCCGCGCUCGCCGAGCUCGUGAACAACCAGCAGGCCCACAAAGCGGAACAGAAGAACGGUGACAUCGAAGAGGGUCUCAAGGACAACUCGCAUGCAACGGAGCGCGAAACCCACAGCAUUGAAACCCCGUCCGACAUCAGCAGUACUCAUGACGAUAAACUGCAGCGCGAUCUGACGGAGAGCAAGGCGUACCGGAACCGCCGUAAAGUGGCGCUCGUCCAGGGCCUGAACCGGCCGUUCUUCCAUAUCGACCUGACCAGUGCACUGCAGAGCGCAUUGGCCAACUCGGAGCAGGACCUUCAUGUUGAUCCUGCUGAGGUGAAUGCCACGACUGAUGCUUGA